UGAUGGAUCAUAUGGCACGUCGACUGACUUCAGACAGUUGCGAUCUAUAGGAUGGGAAAGGCAAGAGCGAGUUAAAUUAAGGAAUCUCGAGAGGCUUUGAGCAAUGUUUAGCUUUCAUUCUGACUUGUAACGAUUAAUAUUUAUUUUUCUUCAUUUAAAGAUUAUAUAAGACAGAAUGGCAUCGAUUGUUCGCGUUAGUAUCGCGAGAGUCGGAUACAAUAACUUUACCAGACAGUUAUGUAAGGUAACAACCACCAGCAAUGUAAUGCAAGUAGCAUUCAUCUCACAUAAGUCAAGACGAGUCGAUCGACGACGACUUCCACCAUUCGAUUACUUGAACAAACAAUAUGGUUUCUGGGCUCAGCUUUUCGAUCCGAUGGUCGAUCGAUGCGACGAAAAUAGUAAGGUAAUCGUUGUUGAAGGUCCGAUCGCCGCAGGAAAGUCGAAGCUGGCCGCGAGAUUAGCAGAAGAAUUCGAUAUGGUUUAUUUACCACCACCGACCUUCGACGAAUAUUAUAUAAAUGAAUAUGGAUACGAUGUGCGUACGCUAGAUGACAGACUGUCUCUAUCAACGCAAUCAUGUGAUGUGCAAAAAUUCCUGACGAAUCCUGAACAUCCCAAUGUGCCCAUGUUUCAAUUUCAUUAUUUUCAACUCAAAUUUGAUCAAUAUAUUACUGCCUUGUUACACUUGUUAUCAACCGGUCAAGGAGUAGUGCUCAGUCGCUCUUUCUACAGUGAUUAUAUAUUUGCAAAAGCAAUGACAAAUGCUGGUUAUAUGCGUCAAGAAGCAUUGAAUUUUUACAUUGAUAUUGUAAGAAUUGCAAAAUUAAUGAUGCUGAGGCCUCAUUUAAUUGUUUAUUUGGAUAUACCUGUUGAUGUAGUCAAGGAAAAAAUAAAAAAGCGUGGUAUACCAUAUGAAAUAAAUUCAAAGGUACUUACACCAGAGUAUCUUCAAGAUAUCGAAGAUAUAUAUAAGCAGGAUUAUCUGAGAGAUGCUGUAACACAUUCUCAUGUACUAAUCUAUGACUGGACAAAUGAAGGAGAUAUUUCUACUAUUACUGAUGAUAUUGAGUCAUUGAAUUUUGAUUACGAUAAGAAAGUUGAGAAAAUGUCAGAUUGGACAUUUGAAAAUGUUCAGGAGCUUCGAACUAAAAGACAAAUUUAUACAGACAGAUUUUACUUGCACGCCGAUUAUAUGAGAAAUGAAUUUAAAGUACCAGAGUUGCUCUAUACACCAGAGCAAGAUGAAGAAUUAUCUACAAUGCUGCAAACAGUACCUGGAAAUAAAUAUACUAAAGGAUACAACACUUCUUUAGGAGACAAAAAUGUUCUAUGGAAAUUUCUUCCAGAUUCUGUUAUUAGGGCUUUAAGAAAAACUCCGCGCGACUUAGAAGUAGCAAGAGAAGAAAUUAAGAAACUUAAGACUGCUUCAAUGCAGUGAGAGAAUGCAGUGAGAUGGUAUAUCUAGAAAAAAUAGAGCUUGUAAACAGUCAGGUAAAAAAUAAAUUUUAAUUAUAAUCAAUAAAUUGGGAAACUCGUGGCUCUUUUCAUCCUUGAUUUUUAUCAAAUUA